CUCGACUCCCUGCUUCUUUAUAGUGGAUUUUUUUCCUAAAAAAUCUUUGUCUCUCCAGCGCUAGAUGUCUCUGUGGAAUCAAGCAGGAUCGACACUCGUCAUUCUCGUCGAUCCUCGAUCAUUCGGUUUCGUGACGAGAGAUCGCAAGAGAUCGGUCUGACGCAUCGCGAGGUAUCUGGAGAUAUCUCUGAGACGAUCGGAACGAUUGUUUCUUCCUUCUCAUCCAUUCUCGGAAAUUGACACGAGGAAACAAUACACGAGAACGCGUAAUUUCUUUCCUUGCCGAGUGCAGCGAUGUCAGACACACGGCGACGUCGUAAAUCCAACCAGUCGUGCGGCUCGGACGAUCUCUCGGAUUCGUACGAGGAAUUGAACGCGACGAAGGAGACUCAGAGUAGCGAACAAACUGAUGGACAUCAAGAUUCAGAAUGUGACAUUUAUGAAAGUGAUUCAGAUGUUGAAUCACAGGAAGGUGGAGAGCAACGUGAGAGUGGAGAUGGGCAAGAGGAAGAGAAACCACAGAAAAAGUUAGAUGAUGAUGAAGAUAGACGAAAUCCACAGUAUAUACCAAAACGUGGAACAUUUUAUGAACAUGAUGAUCGUACAACUGAUGAAGUAACUGAUAAUAACACGGAACAGCAAACAAAUGUAAAAGAGACCAAGGAGAAGAAGGUAUGGAAGGAUAAGGAAGAUAAAUGGGACCAUGAUCGAUACAAUGACGAAGAACAAGCUCCAAAGAGACCUGAGGAAUUGAUAGCGACUUAUGGUUAUGAUAUUAGAAACGAAGAAGGACCACCUAGAGCUAGAAGGAGAAGAAGAUAUGGUCGUGGACCUAAUAAAUACACAAGAAAUUGGGAAGACGAAGAUGCUUAUGGAAAGACUACACUUGGUAGAGGAAACAACAGACGCUUUCAUAAAAAUAACGAAGAUUUUCCUGCUCUUGGUAAUAAUAAGAACACUUCGAAUAAAGCAGAAGAACCUGUAAUUUCAUCAGCAUGGUACAGUAGCAAAAACAAAACACAAAAUAAAACGCAAAAUUUCCCGCCGCUUCAGUCUCAACAGGAUAAUACAAAAACUAAGCCUGCAGUUGUUUCCAAUACAACCACAAAUGAAAAUAAAGCAUCAGAUGAAUCUACUAAUACAUCUUGGAAAAAAGAUGGCAGACACGCUAUUCAAAAUCAAAAUACUAAUGGAAAUACUAGUUCUGGCAAUGACGCGGAAAAAUUAACUAAUAUUAAGCCAUCACCGAGAGAGAAUAGCAAGAGGAAUAUCCAAGAGUCUGUGAGCUUGGCCGCGAGUAGGUCGCGUGGAAGAGGUUUCAAAUCCAAUGCUAAUAACAACAUAGUCACUAACAGAAUAGUUGAGAAUAAAUCAAAAGGACGCGGUCCGGGUCCAAUUAUAGUAGAUAAUAGAAGAAAUAAUACUGUGCAACAUAAUGAAGAGCAUCAACUUUCUCAUGAUAUGAAACAACUCAAUAUGAAUGAUGGUACUCAAUAUCAUCAGCCUGGAAGACAUAAUAAAGGCUUUUUUACAUCUUCCAAUCAACAUAGAUCAAAUACAGUACCACCUAGAAUGCAGCAACAACAGCAACCACAGCAACAACAAUCACAUCAGCAACAAACAAUGCAGCAACAACAGCAACAACAAGAUAGUUCUGGAAACAGACCUAAAAGAUACUCCAGUCUUCGUCAACGUCCUACGAUUUCAGAAACUUCCGCGCAACAGAAUUAUCCAUCUCAACAUGCCCAACACGGAUAUUUUCCACCUCAAGCUGGAAACUCAAGAGCUGUUCUGGAAUCUCAAGGUUAUCCCCAAGGUCAUUUCGAGCAAUCUUCUCCAGUCGCUCCAGCCACAGCACCCAUGGCAGGACAACCUGUUAUUUCUUUACCACCUGGUGGACAACCUGCUAGCUAUGCGCCACCGCCAUUCUUAGUACCGCCACCGCAAUUCAUACCCCCACAAACAGCACCUCCUAGCAUAAUUAAUUACGUUCCUGGACCAAAUGGUCCGACGUUCCCACCAAACUUUCAAGGUUAUCAGGGAUAUAAUCCUUCUGUACAGCCUCAGGGUCCACCGCCGCCUCAAGAGUUGUUCCAACCGCAAGGAUGUACUUACUACAGUCCCGCACAGCAACAGCAGCAACAACAGCAGGUGGUACCUCCGCGGCGACCGAAAGCGGCGAUACCUAUUCUUCCGCCACCUGAUAAUCAGCAGAGCGGUAGAGGAAGAGGAAGGAGCACUCAACAGUAUCAGAAUAAUCAAUCUAUUGGUAACGCGCAACAGACUGAACAAGAAGUCAAGAGUGGUAAUGCAGUGGAAAGUGAUGAGAAAUCCGUGCCAGGACAAUUUGAUAGUGCGCAAGUCGAGCAGUCGAAUCAAGAGUUCCAGAAAAAUCAAGCUCCAGAUGUGGUCAGAACAGUGAAUGACAUGGACGAAAAAGUAGAGACGGUCAGCAAUAUCGACACUCAUAUAAAAAUCGAUGCGCCGCCCAUUAAAAAGGAUAAUUUGGAUGAUAGCAUCAGUGUCAAGGAAUUGUUGGAAGCAACUUCUAAUGAGAAGAACACGGUUUCGCACAGUUCAACGACAUUGGCCAGCGUCGAGACUGAAUUAGGUAACAUUGAAUCCGCUAUUCCCGAAAAUACUAUUGUCGAGAAAGCUGCAGCCUAAAAAGCACGAUUAUUAUUAUGGUUAUUAUUAUUUGCGCUUCGUAUUUACACAUCAGUGGUUUUCCAUGCAAUUUACCACAAGUCGCCGCUCUGCGUAUUCAUAAUGCGUUUGAGAGAAACAUUGUUUUGGAAAACUCUAGUUCAUUCUUAUAGCCGUAAUAUCCAUAAUUAUAUAUUUAUUCUGUAAUGCAAUUAUGCAUGUAGUCUUUCGCUACAAUAUCAGGGAUACAAAAUAAUUAUUAAUCGAGCUAAUUUAUAUUUGGGCAAGUGCAGUAUUGAGUGCACUAUAUUUUAUAACACAUCCAGAAGUGGAAAAUGAUUAUUAAAAUUGAACAUAAAUCAUUGCAGUAAAAUUAUCUGACGUGAUAUAUAGCUUUCAACGUUAUUGAUCCAUCACAAGAUAUUUUUACCGCUAUUGGUUUAAAAAAAUCUUAUAUAAUUCAUUUUAUGGUAGCCAAAUUAUUUUUUAUUGGUAUUGUUGAAAAUGAAUUUACAAAGGACUUUAUAAAGUAUUUAUAAGAUAUUUGAGAAUAAGACAUAUAUGUACAUCAUAUAUCUAAAUUGAAUCACAUGAAAAUAUUCAAUAUAACUAAAAAGAAGAAUUUACUAUUUCUCGACAUUUGCAAUCUAUAGUGAAACAUUACUAUCGUGACGGAUCUGAAGUUUUGAUUCUAUUCAUGAUUACUUAGGAAUAAAGAAGGUUUUCAAAGAAUCAAUACGCGAAAAAUGCUAUUAAGUAUACAUUUAAAACAUGUAAAGAACGUAUUAACUUAUGGGAACUAUAAUCCGUAAUUGUAAUAUCUAAAAUAGCAGCCUCAUAACGCACUGACGUUAUUAUUGCCUGAUAUAUGAAGUAACGAUUUUUUCAUAUACGAAGUCUACCUAUAACUGGUCAUUAUUUAGCGAGGAACGUUAUGGUGUAUUAACGUAAUAUACUCGGCAACUGCGCGGGCCAUGACUGUGACACGAUAUAACUGGUAUAUAAUAUAAUUCAAUAUACAUAUACUUUUUCAAUGUUAUGACUACCUACACAAUGCAGAAAUGUUUGUAGUUAUAAUAUUAAUGAAAUAUAUUUCAUUGAGUAUCCCCCGUAAGUGUGCAUCUCUUUGUAUAUGUAUAGAAGUAAUUUUUUUUUUUUUAUACAAUUGGAAUAAUAUUUAAUUUAACAAAUCUUUCUGUUCUUUCCGUCUAUCUUCAUUACGUAUUUCUGUAGUUUUUUCUCGUCUUUUAACUUCAUCUAGAUACGAGAAAAACUAAUUUAUAAUAUAUUAAUCUCAUUUUAAAGGACAGAAAACGUGAGAAAAUACAAAAAUGAACAGAUAAUAAUAAUGUAUUUACCAAUUUAUUUUUUUUCUGUUAUAAUGUAUUUUAUUCUAUUAUAUAUCUUAUUUAUAUGUUUGAAGUUGUACAAAAAAAAAAAUAACUGGCCGUUUCGGCAAAUUUAUUGAAACACUGGCCAUGAAACACUAUCACAAAGAUAAUAUAUCUUUUUUUUCUUUCUUUCAUAAUUAAGCUAUGCAUCUAAGGUCUAACUGCUCUAACUCAAAUAUAUUAGAGUGUUUAAUCAAUGAAAUAAGAUAAAUAUUUUUAUGAAUAUUAAAAACAGCGAGAGUGCAUCGAAACGAAAUGGAUCGAUCCAUUUUCUUUCUGACUCGCCACAAUUAUUACGUUUAGAUGUAUAACCACAUCAAAGUUGUGCAAAGCCUUAAACAAAAUUCUGUGAAAAAAAAAGUAUGAAAACUUUCGAUAAGGAAUUUAUACAUGGUGAACGGCACACAUACUUCUGCGCAAUAAAAUGUAAAUUUAAGCGGAAAUGAAACGAGCAAGAAUACGUUAUUCGCUGUAGCAUACUGUACAGUUUAUAAAAUUAAUACCACUAGUAAUAUAACUUUAUAUAAUAACUUUAAGCUUUAAACGUUAGGAUUAUAUACACUUUAUUAAACUUUGUAGAUAUAUUUUGAUUGACAUGUCAAAUGUAUUAUAAGAAAAAUAAACAUUACAAUGGACAUGAAAGCAGAGCGCAACUGAACGCCGGAUAGGUAGAGUACAACGCUUUGUAUUUACACUCUUGCGUUUAUUCCAUUGAAUUUUAUCGUGCGUUUCUUUAGGUCUCCACUUUCAGUUAUCGAUCUGUGAUGUACAUUGUAUUAUCUACAAUUAUAUCUACAGUAUAAUAAAGUAAAAUGUUUAAAGCA